AUGGAUCUUCAAGGCACUCCUAUCCCUCCCGGUCCCCGCAGCACCAAAGUCACCACCGACCCUCUUGCCUCUCAAAAACCAAUUGAGGAACCAUCCGGACCUGUAACCAACGAUUCCCUCGCGGCUGAGUCUGUCCGUCGCGGAGGCGCCUUUUCCGAGAACAGAGGCGCCGAACCCAUGGGUGUCUCCGGCGGCCACUCUACUCUAAGAACCACCGACACCUCUGCUGCGACUAAGCUUCCAUCUGCCCCUGUCGGCGCCGCCCGUGAGACCCGCCAGCGACAGGAGAAGUAUCCAGAGGCACUGGGCGGCCAGGGUGACUUCCCUGGUACUCAUCUUUCCCAGUCUGGCUACGCCGGCGGCUCAACCGCUGCCAAGCAGCAGAUGGGUUUGCACGCUGGCGAGUACCCCGCUUCACAGAAACUAGCGGGCCAGGCUACUGCAAGUGGCAGCGGUGCCAGUCAGUAUAACGCUGGUCAGGCCCCAUCCUAUAUCAAUGAUGUGACCGAUGGCUAUCAAGGCCAGAAGCCGCACGGAAAGAACUUGAAAGAGGGUGGAUUCGACUCCUCAGAGGCUACGAACACGAGUUUUACCUCUCAGAUCGGAUCUGGGCAGGAUCCUGGUCGUGCUGCCGAGCAGAAGUUCCAGCGUACUGUCGCUGAAAGCGGCCCAGAUGUCGGUGGCCCCCGACAGAAGGGCGUUGACAACCAGACGAUGUACCAGGCUCUGGAGCGGGACCAACGCGUAUAG